AUGAUCCUACUGUGACUCUGGAGUGUGGGUAGCCCUUGAAGCUACCCCCAGCCUGAGCUGCACAGCUCACGGAACAGUCCAGGAACCCAGAAGCCCCAGCCAGAGAGUAACCAGUCAUUUGUCCUAGCCCUGUGCUGAGGGCUUCUCUUUCCAUAAGAGGAUGAAGAAGGAGGAAUGGAGUCCCUUGCUCCCCCAGGACACUGUAGGCCAGGAGCUGCCCCUCUCCAUGGACAAUCUAGUCACACCAAGCCACGUAGGUCCAGAACCCCAGGAAGACACGAUGGAGGUCUGGAGCUGCUGCUGUCAAGUUCUUGGGACCAAGCACCAGGCCUGGAGUGGAGGCCCAGCUGCCUCCCUCCCCAUGGGGAGCAGCUGUAUCAAGUGUCUGACAUUUUUCUCCAACUUCCUCUUCUCCCUGCUGGGCCUCCUGGUCCUGGCUGUAGGGCUCUGGGGCUUAACUGUCAAGGGUUCUCUGGGAAAUGGCUUGGGGGGAGCUCUGCCCCCAGAUCCGAUGCUGGGGCUGGUGUUUGGUGGGCUGGUGGUCAGUGUUGUGAGUCUGGCCGGCUGCCUGGGCGCCCUGUGUGAAAGCAGCAGCCUCCUGCGCUGCUUCUGUGGGGCCAUCCUUGGCCUCCUGGUGCUGGAAGCACUGGCGGGGGCCCUGGUGGUGGCCCUCUGGGGUCCCCUACAGGAUGGUCUUGAGCAUACCUUGCAAGUGGCCAUCACUCACUACCAGGAUGACCCAGACCUGCACUUUCUUCUUGACCAAGUUCAGCUGGGACUGCGAUGCUGUGGGGCGGCAUCCUACCAGGACUGGCAGCAGAACCUGUACUUCAACUGCAGCUCUCCAGGGGUCCAGGCCUGCAGCCUUCCUGCCUCUUGCUGUAUCAACCCUCAGGAAGAUGGAGCUUCAGUGAACACCCAAUGCGGCUUUAGAGUACUACGUCUAGACCAGGCCUCGGCUGAGCAAAUUGUAUACCUGGAGGGCUGUAGCCCUCGGCUGCAACAGUGGCUUCUCGGGAACAUCCAGGCCAUAGGUGGCUGUGUCAUCGUCAUUGUGCUGGUACAGGGGGCUGAGCUCCUGCUAGCCACUCUGCUACUGCGGGCCCUAGCUGCCCCAAAGGUAGUGGGUGACCCAGGGCCUGGCCCUCCCUGAGCAUGGAGCUACCUAGACUACCUUCCCCACUGGGCAGGGCCAAGGUGGGGAGAGGCCAAGGUACAGGCAUGGCUCUAGGCUUCCCCUGGCUGGCCUGACAUGUGUCUGUGGGGGUUAGUCCAAGUAAUUCACCCUCCCUCUCCAUCCUGUACCCUCUUCCUUCCCAUUGUUC